AGUCUCGUUUUGAACACAUAACGGUGCAGACGCGUUUCGGUUAGUUCGGUUGAAAGGCGUAUACAAUUGUAGUGAGAAUGGAAUAGUGAUUUAAUCAUUGCAAUAAAAAAAAAUAAUAAAAAUAAAAAAAAAAACAAAAACAAUUUACAAACAAAGUGUGUGUUUUGUAAAAAGUACCAAAAAAAAAAGUUGUGUUUUUUUUUUUAAAAACGUCAUUAAUUGUGUAUACGAAAAAUCGAAUGCAGUGAAAUAUAAAAAAUUUAUUAUACAAUAAUUAUUUAUUGCUGUUAGUUGUUUAACAAAUUUCUUAAUAAUCAUUUAAACGCGCAAACGCGUUCAAUAAACAUACAUACAUACAUAUUUAAUACAUUUAUAAACAUACAUACAUACAUACAUACAUACAUAUAGUUUAUGUACAAUACGUAGAUCAGAAGUACACACAAAUGCAGAUAAAAAACGAAAUGUUAUCAUCAGUGAAUUUUGUGCGCGGUCUUCUUCUGACUAUCGUUUUAGUACUUUCCGUACAAACAACAACUUCGAAUAUGUCGAAUCACAAACAACAAAACCUUCAACGCGAAUUCGCCCAAAAGUCGGCCCAAUUCGCAGUCAACCUCUUUAAUUUCAUGCACACCAGAGAGCCACAUAGAAAUAUUAUAUAUUCGCCCUUCUCGAUCCAAACAUGUGUUGGUAUGGCACGUAUUGGCGCUACCGGAGAGACCGGAGCGGAAAUCGAUCGCGGACUGGGUCUGCCCUCGAACGAUGUGGCAAUCAUAGCCGACACCUUCCACAAUGUACUGGACACAUAUAAGGAUAGUCCGAUAUUGAAGAUCGCCAACAAGAUAUAUAUCAUGGAGGGCUAUAAAAUACUAGAGCAAUUCAAUGAAAUUGCCACUACCAAGUUCUUCUCCGCUGCCGACAGCAUUAAUUUCGGCAACAGUGCCUCAGCGGCGGGCACCAUUAACAAGUGGGUGGAGUCUAAAACGAAUAAUCUCAUUAAGGAUCUCAUAUCGCCCGAUGCUCUAAACGGUGAUACACGUGUGGUGCUGAUAAAUGCCAUACACUUUAAAGGCGAGUGGAAAUAUCAAUUCCCGAAAUCGGCAACACGCGAGGAUAACUUCUAUUUGAACGAAGUCGACUCGGUUAGAGUGCCGAUGAUGAACUUGAAGGAAUCGUUCGCUUACGGCGUUAUACCCGAGCUUGAUGCCGCUGUGCUGGAAAUGCCCUACAAGGAUACCGAUCUAUCAAUGGUGGUGAUUUUGCCUAAUUCACGCACCGGAUUGCCGAGCUUACAAGAGAAGCUGAAGAACUUCGAUCUAAGCGCGAUCACACAACGUCUAUACCGCACAAAAGUCAUUGUAAAAUUUCCGAAAUUCAAAGCCGAAUUCGACAUUGAACUCAGCGAUGCUUUAACGAAACUUGGUAUGGGCCGCAUGUUCAGCGGUGCUGCUGAAUUCGACAAAAUGCUCGACUCAAGUGAGCGCUUAAGAGUCUCGAAAGUCGUUCACAAAGCCUUCAUCGAGGUGAACGAAGAGGGCACUGAGGCCGCAGCGGCCACCGGCGUCUUAAUUCGUAAGAAACGUGCCAUGUCCGAUUUCGAAAUUCCGGAAUUUCAUGCCGAUCAUCCAUUCAUAUAUAUUAUCAGACAUAGUAGUCCUGGAGAUGAGACUACGCCAAUAAGCCUGUUCUUGGGUACAUUGAACUCCUUGGAUGCCACGGUUGCAUCCGAUGAACACGAUGAAUUGUGAAGAGAAUUAGGCUCGAUCCAAUAAUUUCUUGUUGCUUUUAUUAUGCGUUAAGCGAAUAAUGUAUUUUAGUUGCUUAAGAUUUCUAACAGUGGAACAAACAUGAAGAACAAAUAAAAUGAAAUCUCCCAAGAGAAA